GUACAGUUUCCAGGAAGCGUCGCAGUAGAGUUCAACAGAGUCUGCGAUAGAGGUUUUUUCGGUUGGUAUAAAUGCAUUUUGAACGGCUUUUAGGUCCAUUAUGAAGCUCAAAAGAAACAAGUUUAAAACAUCGUCUAAAUUGAAACAAAAAGGCAUCAAAGUUACAGGGCAAUGGAACCCCAUUGAGAUAGAUCCAAAUCUUUUUGCUGAUGAAGAGCUUGGAGGCAUAGUAUGUUUUGAAGAGCUUACCAGUUACAAACUGGUGUCUUCCUUGAAAGAGGGAGAAGAAAAAGCUGCAAAAAGAAAAUGUAAUGAUGAAGAGUUCGAAAAAGUAUGUAGUGCCAUUCCCAAAAAGAAGAGAAAAAAGGAGAAAAAUCUAGAACAUGGAAAAAGGAGGAAGGAUGAGCAUGAAAUUGAGGAAGAAGUAACUGAACAGGAUGCCAGGUGCAAAAAAGCCCUUGUUAAGUGUGAACAACAUGAUUAUAAUACAAGGAAGGUGACAGACCUGGAAAGAAAACCUGCAAAGAAAAAGAAGAGAGGGAAAAAGAAAUCAUGUUCUCCCCAAAAUAUCCUUGAACCAACUGGAUCUUCCAAAAAAGCUAAUAAUUGGACAGCCAAAGUCUUAUCCGCAACGGCAGAUCACAGAGCAGAUGUUUCUGCAUGGAAGAGCCUCUUCGUUCCUACGCCUGUCCUUUGGGCAUUGAGUGAGUUGGGUUUCAGUACACCAACUCCUAUCCAAGCACUAACUCUACCAUCUGCAAUUCGAGAUAGCAUGGACAUUCUUGGUGCUGCAGAAACAGGGAGUGGAAAGACUCUUGCUUUUGCCAUUCCAAUGAUCCAUUCCAUUCUACAGUGGUACAGAUCAAAAAAUAUGACAACCGGAAGUGACCGCACAUUUGAAGAAAGAGUGGACAGUGAAGAUGAAAUGGCAAAGCAUGACAUAAGUGAAAAAAUAAGCCUAAAUUCAGACACAGGUGAAACCAGUGCUGCUGCUUCUGAAGAUCAUGAUGAAUCUCUGGUAGUAGACUCCAUAGAGGUAUCGGAGGAUGUAGGAUUUUUUGUGGGUUCCCCAAAACAGAAGUCUGUUGAAGAUAAAAAUAAUCCUCUUCUGGGAUUGGUCUUGACUCCUACAAGGGAACUGGCUGUCCAAGUAAAGCAUCAUAUUGAUGCAGUGGCCAAGUUCACAGGUAUUAAAACAGCCAUUCUUGUUGGAGGAAUGGCUCCUCAAAAGCAGCAGCGGAUGUUGAAGAGGAAGCCAGAGGUGGUUAUCGCAACUCCAGGGCGCCUGUGGGAGCUAAUCCAGGAGAAGCAGCCCCAUCUCUCCAAUCUACGGCAGCUCAGAUGCCUGGUGAUUGAUGAAGCAGACCGGAUGGUGGAGAGGGGACAUUUCUUAGAGCUGUCUCAGUUGCUGGAAAUGUUGAGUGAGACACAGCAUAACCAAAAACGUCAGACGUUUGUCUUCUCUGCCACCCUGACUUUGAUCCAUCAAGCUCCCACUAGAGUUCUGCAGAAGAAAAAUGCUAUCAAAAUUGACAGAAAGACUAAGCUGGAAAUGUUGAUGCAAAAAGUGGGCAUCAAGGGCAAGCCCAAAGUGAUAGAUUUGACCAGAAAAGAGGCAACUGUGGAAACUCUUACAGAGACCAGAAUCCAUUGUGAUACAGAAGAGAAGGAUUACUACCUCUAUUAUUUUCUGCUUCAGUAUCCAGGCAGAACCAUGGUUUUUGCAAACAGCAUAGAUUGUAUCAAGCGACUCACUGCACUCUUGACCAUCUUGGACUGCAAUCCACUGCCUCUUCAUGCAAACAUGCACCAGAAGCAAAGGUUAAAAAACCUGGAGAAGUUUGCAGAACGAAACAGCUGUGCCCUGUUGACAACAGAUGUAGCUGCUCGUGGUCUUGAUAUUCCUUAUGUACAGCAUGUCAUACAUUACCAGGUUCCCCGUACUUCCGAGCUUUAUGUUCACAGAAGUGGCAGGACUGCCAGAGCUGCCAAUGAGGGCCUGAGCUUGCUACUGAUUGGGCCACAUGACUUGAUUAAUUUUAAAAAGAUUUAUAAGACUCUGAAGAAGAAUGAAGAGCUUCCUUUCUUUCCGAUUGAGACAAAAUGCAUGACAGCAAUCAAGGAGAGGGUGAAUUUGGCAAGACAGAUUGAGAAGGUUGAGUAUUUCAACAGCCGAGCCAAGCACCAAAACUCAUGGCUCCAGCAAGCUGCAGAAGCACUUGAACUUGAUCUGGAUGAUGAUGAGCUAAUAGGAGGACAGUUAAGUGAGCAAGAAGAGAGCGAGAAGCAUAAGAUGUUGAAGGGGAUGAAGAAGCAGCUUAAAUACUUGCUCUGUCAGCCAGUAUUUAAAGGUCUUAUGAAAACGAAAUAUCCAACCCAGUCUGGGAAAUUAGUUCUGUCUGACUUCAUAGGUCAGCAUUCUCACUCUGCCUUGGGUGCUAUAUCAAAAGUACAAGUGAAGAAGAUAAAGAAGAACAAUAAUACAGGCAUGUUAAAUAAUUAACAGGACUUGUGAAGAUGCAAGAUAGAGCUUUCUUUCCCCCCUUUGUAGAUAUCACUUACUCAGAGUUCAUUUCAUGCACAUACCUAUCUUGAGUAAAUGAUAAUGAUCUGCUACUGUUGUUUCCAUAUCAUCUGGGUAUAGAUAAAGCAGAAAUUGGUAACAUCUUCAUGUGCUGGGCACCAUCAAAAGAUCUUGUACAGUGGCCCAAGGGUAUAAACUUUCACAUAAAAAUGAUCAGAUCUUUCAAGACUGCAAAAGCUUGAAAGUUUUUGAUGAUCUUAUCUCUCAAGAUCUCACGCAAGAAGACUGAAAUCUCAUGAUACUAGCGUACAGGUAGUCCUCGCUUAAUGACUAUUUAACAACUGUCUGGUGUUACAGUGGCCUUGGGAAAGUGCUUUACCAGCCCGUGGUCAUGUGAUUUGCAAUGUUUUUUAUUAUGGUCGUUAAGCAAAUCGCAUGGUUGUUAGGCGAAUGUCCACUGGGGAAGCUGGAUUCACUUAAAGACCACAUGAUUCACUUAAUAACCAUUGUAAAAAAGGUCCUAAAAUCAGCUCCAAUUUGCAUAACGACCAAAUCGCUUAGCAACCUAAAUUCCUGUCCCUAUUAUGGUCUGAUAGAGAGGACUAAAGACCCUCCCAGAGUUUCAGCCCAGAUUGUUUGGCCAUGCUUGAAGAGAAUCCUUGAAGUUGCAUUCACAAUAUAUUUGUAAGUUACCAUGCUAUGGGAAGCUGGAAUAAACUGCCUCCAGGAUAUUGGUUCUAGAGAUGUAUCCAUCUCUUUUUCUGUGCAGUAUUUGUGGAAAGAACAUCAAACCCUGACUCUCCAAAGAAGUAUACAGGUAUCUGUGGUUCCAUCAUCAACUACAUCAAUUGAGUAUUUUACUUAUUAAAGGCAGCCUCAUAAACACAAGUAGUGAAAUAAAACAUAUAAGAUGGGUGAGAUGGUAAAUCUAGAAAAUAACUCAAUACUAUUACUAUAACCUUAGUAGUAGUAGAAUCUACUACAUUAGUCCUAGAAAUGCAGAGUGAACAAAUUCUUUGAAUAUGCUCAGGCACACAUCAACACAAAAUGUGUUGGGUUACAUUUCUUUGUAAGAUACUACAGUUCAUUUAAUGUAAAUCACAUUUAGAUAUCUAAUAAAAACAGUUUCAGCUCUUUAA